UCCUUAUCAAAUUCCCAAUCCACUUCCAAUUCCUGAUCCAUAUUGAAUUCUUGAUCCAUAUCUAAUUCCUCAUCCUUAUCAAAUUCCCAAUCCAUACCAAAUUCCUCAUCCUUAUCAAAUUCCUCAUCCUCAUCAAAUUCC